AAUAACAAUCAAACGUCGCGAAUGAAGGAAAAUUUGUUGUGAAGUGUCGUGUUUUUUGUUAAAAAGUUGAAUAUUGCAAAAAUAAAUGAUGUUUUCUGAUGACGAAAUAAAAGAAAUGCCGGGUGGUAGUUUCAUGAGACCUGGCGAUGAAAUAAUAAGUAUACGCAAAGUGUGUUUAAGCGACAAAUUUGAUAAAAGCGAUUCAAGUGAUAAGGAGCCGUUCAUUUCAAAUUCAGGUGGUAAUGAACUAGAUGUAUCUCGCUCUCUCUUCCGCGAUGGCUUCUUCCCUGACACGCUCGAACACUCCCAAGCUCGCUUCGCCUGGACGGAAGAGGACGGCAACAUCGCGUCGCUCGUGUCUGAGCCUGGCUUCGGUACGGGGCAAACCUUUGGCAAGGACCUGGAUGCAGCCCUUAACAAUGAGCAAGAAGCGGACACCUCCAGCUCGGUGUUCCACGGCCGCAGUUACCUUCCGAAGACCACCACGGACUCCCACCUAGUUUCCUCCACUUCUGCAGCAGUAUCUAAUGAGCGUAGAGGCACCCAAGGCGCCUGCAAGGUGGACAAGACGGAUCCCCGUUCGCGGUUCCACUACGUCAAGUACGUGAAGAGACACGGACGGACCGUUAAACUGUGGGAGUGCGGCAUCUGCAGCAGAGAGUUCCAGCACCAAUACACGUUAAUGCGCCAUCUGCCUACGCACACAGACGAGAGGAACUUCCACUGCGACACCUGCGGCAAGAGCUUCCGGCAGCUCUCCACCUUGAGCCAGCACCGCGCUAUCCACUCAGCCGAGCGCCCUUACGGCUGCGAGGUAUGUAACAAAACGUUCAACCGCGUGUCCACCCUGAUCUCCCACCGGAAGACCCACUCGGACGUCAAGCCCUACAAGUGCCACCUCUGCCCUAAAGGAUUCCACCAGAAAGGCAAUCUACGAAACCACUUGUUCACUCAUACCAACGAGCGCCCUUACCGUUGCAACAUUUGUUUCAAGGGGUUCAACCAGCAGUCUAACCUCGUGUGCCAUAAAAAUAAGGCUCAUUCCGAAGACGCUAAUGGAGCUAUCCUCCGCGGCCGCACCAACACCCCUCGUGCCGCCAGCACUGUCUCUGAAAGUCAGCCUGAUUCCACCAGAACCUCAGUCGACCAAUGCGAAGUAUCCUCCUCCGUCGGCCCCUACAUGGGCACCUCCAUUGAACUAUCCUCCUCCUCAUGGACCCCAAAAUCCUCGCCCUCCCUAGAGUCCAGCGACUGGAGCAACGACCUACCCUGGAGUACCAUGUGCAAUGGAGUCAUAGUGGACCCCAUAAAGACGUACCACAUGGGGGUAGCUCUGGCCACCAGGCAGACACCAUUUGCUUUGUUGAAGCCGGAUAACAGUACGCCUGUUCUCGUGAAAGUGAUUGAUACUAAGAUUCCUGGAGGGAAGCAAAUGCUGGUUCCCGCCACCGCAGAUGAUUUGAGGAUCGGAGGAAAGAUAGUAGUGAACAAUUCUGAAAGUACCCGGUCUCAGGAGCAAGGCUCAUCCGACAUGAAGAGUGCAGUUCAAAUCCGUGUACCAGUAGUAGCCACCGUGGUUCCGCAGAUCAAAGCAGGAGGGCAGCUACAUCUGGCCGUUCAAGAACCACACCAUGCAUACCACACCGCACUCUCUUCUGAUGUAGGAGAAGUACCGGAGAAGCCGUGCACCAUCAAGCAGGAGCUUCCACCGUCUCCACCACGUCUACUGCCACGAAUGGAGUCCCGCAUGGAACCACACUUGACAGCAUGCAUGCCGUCGCAUAUGCCAGCUCUAGAGCGUCAUAUUGCGCGUAGCUUCGAGGACGUUGUCAAACCUGGGACCAGCAUCUCAUCUUGCUCACUACCGCCGCCAGCGCCAUCGCCGCCACUAGAUCUGAUCACCGAUCUGUUCGAGCCCAUGGAAUGUAUCCCACUAGGUCCUCAGAUAACGGCAGUGGACAACAUAGACCAGCCGCCGCACUCCGAUGACUCCGAUAUAUUUAUAGGAGAGUUCGAGGAAAGCAUCCCCCUGUCCGACUCCGACUGAAAAUACUUAUUUUAUUUAUUUUGUUUGUUUUACAGUGGAAAAUGAAGUUUUGAUUUAGGUGUAGUGUUAAGCGAAACCAAGUUUAGUUGUUUGUUGUAGCUUUAGGCGUUUUGUUUUAAAUAUAUUCGAAAAUGUUUUAAAUAU